AUGGUCGGUUUCGCAGAGGCAAUUGAAGACUGUAGGCUCCUUGAUCCGGGGUUCGAUGGGGCGGAAUUCACAUGGGCCAAAAACGGCCUCUUUGAAAGAUUGGAUAGAGUGCUUGUUAGUGAGGGUUGGGCUAGGGCCUUCGAAGCUACUCGGGUUACGAACCUCCCUCGGGUUGCUUCGGACCACGGGCCGGUCCUUGUAAGAUGUAAGAUGCUGAACACUACCAUCGAAGGCAAGGCAUUCCGAUUCCAGAACAUGUGGAUCCGACAUGGGGGGUUCAUGGCUGUAGUGCAAAAUGCAUGGGAGGAGAGUACGGGGGCGAGUGGACUCCUAAAUAUUCAAAUCAAACAUGCUAGAGUGAAAAGAGCCCUAAAGGCGUGGAACAAAGAGUUUUAG